AUGGGUAUUUUGAAAGAUUCGCUUUUUUGCCAAGAUAUGAAUUAUAUUGAUGGUUUGGUCCGAGGUUAUAAGACCAAUUUUUUAACAAAUACAACGUACCAAAAUUUAACACAGUGUGAAUCACUUGAUGACCUUAGAAUGCAUUUGUCAUCUACAGAAUACGGGAAUUUUUUAUCAAAUAUAUCAACUUUAACAACAUCUAUUAUAGCUCGUAAAGCUAUAGAAAAGCUAACAUCAGAAUUUCAAUAUAUUAUGUCACAAACAGUUUAUCCUUUAUCAAAAUUUAUGGAGUAUAUUACAUAUAGUUAUAUGAUUGAUAAUGUGAUUCUUUUGAUUACUGGUACAUUACACGAGAGAAACACUCAUGAACUGCUUGAAAAGUGUCAUCCUCUUGGAUGGUUUGAAACAAUGCCAGCACUAUGUAUUUCAAAAAGCAUAGAAGAGUUUUAUAAUACUGUAAUUAUAGAUACUCCAUUAGCACCAUAUUUUAAAGGAUGUCUUUCAGCAGUAGAUUUAAAUGAACUCAAUAUAGAAAUAAUAAGGAAUACUUUAUAUAAAGCAUAUUUAGAAGAUUUUUACAUUUUUUGUAAAUCACUUGGUGGAACAACUUUCGAAUUAAUGUCAAAUAUUCUUAAAUUUGAAGCAGACCGUAGAGCGAUAAAUAUUACUAUAAAUUCUUUUUCUACUGCACUUACAAAAGAAAUACGAAAAACAUUAUACCCUAGUAUUGGCUACUUGUAUCCAGAGGGCACAUAUCUUUUAUCAUAUGCAGAAAGCAUAGAUGAUAUUAAAUUAGCUGUAAAAGGUGUUUCAGAAUAUUCCUUGUUUUUUAAAGAAAAUAUGCCACAUAGUGAAAGAAAAACCCUCGAAGAUGUUUUUUUUGAAAAAGAAGCUGAAUUAAAUAAACAAGUAUUUUUACAGCAGUUUCAUUAUGCUACAAUUUAUGCAUGGGUAAAAUUGUCUGAACAAGAAAUUAGAAAUAUAACAUUCCUUACUGAAUGUAUUACACAAAAUCAACAAAAUUAUGCUACAUUUGUUUCUGUAUUUUAA